AUGAGUGAGUCCAUCGAAAACGAAUGCAAAAACACCAAUGCAGAGCAAAAGACGCCUCCAAUUAGCGCUACCAGCACCACAGAAUCCAAGGAUCAGGACUCCUCGGGGCAGAAGCGAGACGCUGAUGAACUGCCACCGUCUCCCAAGCGAACCAAAACGGGCGAUGAUAAGAAACCCCUAGACCUGGCAGUAACCUUUGGUUUCAAGGAAGGGGAUCGACUAGAAGUUCAAUGGGAGAUUGAAAAUGAUGAUGGAGAAAAUGAAGUGCAUUGGUGGGGCGCAUCGCUAUUGAAACACGAUGGAAGGACAGAGGAUUCUGUGGCGAUUCGUCAGCUUCUCUAUGAUGAAUACCAGGAUUUUGAACCAUCCAAGGAAGAUGUAAUCUUCAUCGGUCCUGACGAACUUGCCUCACCUGACUCCCAAAAUCAAAUGAAGUUUCGCCGUGAAGGCCAAGAAGAAGUGACGUUUUACAACGAAGAAAAUCUUGAGAAUACUCUGAAUGGAAUUCUCAUGUCAGCAAUGAACAAAAACAAAUCAUCCUGGUCAUCGCUACCACCUGCCCAACAGGCUGUCAUUGCCGAGAAAAUUGCUCUGAAGAAGAAUAGUCUAAUUUCAGCGUUGAAGAAUCAUGAUGGUGUGAUUACAUCCGACACAAUAAAUGAUGUCAUGAAAACAGCCUUUGCUUGA